AUGGGAGAAGCCAUUGCAUUAUAUAGGGAGAGAACAAGAUUUACAACAAUAGAGGAGGAAUCAUCCCCUCUUUGGCAACUCUCAACCUCACUCUAUUUCUCUCUUUUCAGUGCUGCAAUGGCAGCUACUGCUGGCUGCCUUGGCAACCCACUCUCUCCUACAUUUCUCACAUCUUUGCAUAAAAAUACUAAUUUUGCUUUUAGAGACUGCUUCUCUUCAGCGUGGAAGAACCCAUAGGUUCUCCGCCUUGCUUUCUCUGCUGGGAUUGGUGGCCUUCUCUUUGGAUAUGACACCGGAGUUAUAUCCGGUGCUCUACUUUACAUUAGAGAUGACUUCAGGUCUGUUGACAGGGAGUCUCUGUUACACGAGAGCAUUCUGAGUAUGGCAGUUGCCGGAGCAAUCAUAGGAGCAGCAAUUGGUGGAUGGGCGAAUGACCGAUAUGGGAGGAGAAGUGCAAUCCUCAUAGCAGAUUUCCUAUUCUUCACUGGAGCUGUUAUCAUGGCUUCUGCUCCUGGCCCAGCUCUUCUCAUCAUUGGUAGAGUUUUUGUUGGACUCGGUGUUGGAAUGGCAUCUAUGACUGCCCCUCUCUACAUUUAGGAGGCUUCUCCUGAAAAAAUCCGAGGUGCCCUUGUCAGUACCAAUGGAUUUCUCAUUACUGGCGGCCAGUUCCCCUCUUAUCUCAUCAACUUGGCCUUUACCAAGGCACCAGGAACGUGGCGGUGGAUGCUUGGGAUUGCAGGAGUUCCAGCUCUGCUGCAGUUCAGCCUAAUGCUUCUUCUUCCAGAGUCCCCCCGCUGGCUAUUUCACAAGGGAAGAGAAGAAGAAGCCAAAGCCAUCCUCAGGAAAAUAUAUCCAGCUGAUGACGUUGAAACAGAAAUCCAGGAUCUAAAGGAAUCAAUUGACAAAGAAAUUCUGGAAGAAGGGGGUUCUGAGAAGAUCAAUCUCAUCAAACUAUUGCAAACCAAAACAGUGAGAAGAGGACUCAUUGCGGGCGUUGGCUUUCAGGUUUUCCAGCAGUUUGUGGGCAUUAAUACAGUCAUGUAUUACAGUCCUGCCAUAGUUCAGUUGGCUGGUUUUACUUCUAACCAAACUGCACUCCUCCUCUCACUUGUCACUACUGGGUUCAAUGCCUUAGGCUCUAUUGUGAGCAUAUACUUCAUUGACAGGACAGGAAGGAAGAAACUCCUAAUCAUCAGUUUGUUUGGUGUCGUAAUCUCUCUUGGACUUCUAUCAGGAAUUUUCCGUGAGACUACAACUCACUCACCGAUCGUUAUAGCAACUGAAUCAAGCUUUGCUGCCUACACCUGCCAAGAUUACAGUUCAGUCACAAAUGCUGCUGGUUGGGACUACAUGAAGUGUUUGAAGGCUUCACAUCCAGAUUGUGGGUUCUGUUCUUCAGCUUCUGAUAAGCUACUGCCAGGAUCAUGUUUGAUCUCAAAUAGCACAGUGAAGGAUCUUUGCCAUAAGAGCCAUAGGGAAUGGUACACAAGAGGAUGUCCAAGCAAAUACGGAUGGGUUGCACUAAUUGGCCUGACACUCUACAUCAUUUUCUUCUCUCCAGGAAUGGGUACUGUCCCAUGGAUUGUCAAUUCUGAGAUCUACCCUUUGAGGUUUAGACGGGUCUGUGGAGGAAUAGCUGCCACUGCAAACUGGAUCUCAAACCUCAUCGUUGCCCAGUCCUUCCUGUCCUUAACACAAGCAAUUGGGACAUCCUGGACAGUCCUAAUUUUCGGGAUCAUUUCUGUUGUGGCUUUGAUCUUCGUCCUAAUCUAUGUGCCAGAAACAAAGGGGCUUCCAAUCGAGGAAGUUGAGAAGAUGUUGGAGCUUAGAACCCAGCACUACAAGUUCUGGGAGAAGAGUUCUGGCCCAUUAGACAAGAGCCAAGAAAUGUGA